AUGGCUCAAACCACAAUUGCUAAUUGUAGCAACUCUUCGUCAUCGAGCAUCUACUCAGAAAAUGAAGAUUUCCUUCAUAAUUUUGAUUUCAAAAGUAUUGCUGAUCUCAAACAAGUACAUCAGGAAAAAACUUUAAUUGUUGUCGGUACGAUUAAGCAACUAUGUGUUGAAGGAGAAUGGUACUGUUUUACUUGUAUUAGAUGUCAACAGAAAGUCGUGAGACAAAUUUUAAUGCAUCAAGAUCAGUCUCAAGAUAAAGAAGUUUUUUAUUGUAACAUUUCAAGCUGCAUAAACAAAGUCAUUUCUGUUGUUCUCAGUUUUAAAAUCACCAUUAAAGUUGAAGAUAUUACCGGUUUAGCGUCACUUACUUUAUAUGAUUCUGACGUAAAGAAGCUUAUAAGAAAAAACGCACAAGAGUUGGUUCAUGAGUUCCAUAAGGUUGGUAAUAAUGAAAUUUAUCCAUCUGCACUAAAUAUACUACUGGAAAAAAAGAUGGCGUUCAAAAUUCAAAUUACAUAUGACAAUUUGAAUAACAAAACAGAAGAUGAAUACGUUUCGAAGAUUUUAUUUGUUAUAAAACCAACGACUUCAGAUGCCAAAUGGAUACCGUUUCCGACCUCUGAAUACACUGCAACAAACUUUGCUUUGGUAGUUAUCAGUUCGAACCCGUUACAUUUCAAGGUCAUUCGAUUGUCAUACACAAAGCCAUCUGAUAUGCUUACGGAAAAAGUGGACUAUGAUUACUACAACAUAGAAUUGUUUUCAUCUACUAUGUGGCAAUGGAGGGAGUUUCAAAAUAUCCAGUUACCAUCAUCUGUUUAUCCUGUCUCUGAUGAGGCUGUUACAAGUGGCGGUGCCUUAUACUUCUUAUUAUCUAAUGAUAUCAUACUGCGAUUUGAUAUUUAUUCAGAAGAACAUAUACUCAUAUUUUCACCUUCUACUAUUAAUGAAUUAAAACCAUAUGCAUCGAGACUAAUCAACUUUCAGGGAAAAUUAGGAUAUCUCUCUAUAAGUGGAGAUACUUCGUGGGCUAUUUGGAUUUUCAUUCACAAUCGGUGGGUUAAAGUAGAUGAUAGUACUUACAAUGAAAGUGCACAUGAAUGGUGGAAUUAUAGAAACAAUACCCUAUAUUUCUUUAGAGGAAAUACAAUUGAGUAUGAGGUUCCGUCACAUCAUUCUCAACAAGUUUUUUCAAUCCGUUCUGAUUUUGAUACAGUGACUAUGCCAGGUCGAUAUUACUGA